CAAUCACAGAGCAGUCCUCACUCAGCUCAUGCAGACAGUUUAUGGCAUGUAUGCAGUUUAGUUGCACGCGCCGACUGACUGCAGGUGACAAUAUCGCGUGCCACUUCAAUCAAUAGCCGUCUUUUGUUCGUGUCCCUCGUAUUAGACAAUAGGGGACAGAAUUCACUCUUCCAUCUGUAAGGGAAAAUAUUUUCACCACAGUGUACGUCAAGUCCUGAUAUCUGCUCACCUGUUGAUCACUUCUGACUCAUUAUGGCCACGCGCGUUCGACCGAGUAAUAAACGAUGUGCAGUCAUCGGAGGAUCUGGUUUCUUGGGCAGACACUUGGUGGAGAAGCUGUUGGAUCGAGGUUACUCCGUUUCUGUGUUUGACAUCCGUCAGAGCUACGAGCUGCCUGGAGUCAGCUUCCACCAGGGAGACCUCUGCGACAAACAGGCUCUUCUGCCAGCUCUGAAGGAUGUGUCCCUGGUCUUCCACUGUGCCUCCCCAGCCCCUGCCAGCGAUAACCGUGAGCUGUUUGAGAGGGUCAACAUUCAGGGCACGCGCACUGUUAUUGAGACCUGCGUUGAAACUGGAGUACAGAAACUGGUCUUGACGAGCAGUGCCAGUGUGGUGUUUGAGGGGACAGACAUUAAGAAUGGGAGAGAGGACUUACCAUACGCAAAGAAGCCCAUUGACUAUUACACAGAAACCAAAAUUAAGCAAGAGAAGUUGGUCCUCGAGGCGUGUGACAAGCAGAAAGGUUUCCUCACAGUUGCCAUCCGUCCUCAUGGCAUCUUUGGACCUCGGGAUCCACAGCUGGUCCCCAUCCUGGUGGACACGGCUCGCAGGGGCAAGAUGAAGUUCAUUAUUGGUGAUGGAACCAACCUGGUGGAUUUCACCUUUGUGGAGAAUGUAGUUCACGGUCACAUCCUGGCUGCUGAACGCCUGAAGCCAGACUCCCCCAUAUGUGGAAAACCCUACCACAUCACUAAUGAUGAGCCGAUUCGGUUUUGGGACUUCAUGUCUGAGGUAUUGGUAGGUCUGGGAUAUGCUGCUCCACGCUACCACCUCCCCUACGCCCUUGUGUACGGACUGGCCCUGCUUCUCUGGCUGCUGGCCCUGAUCCUGCGCCCUCUAGUGUCCUUCAAGCCCACCUUUACACCAAUGAGAGUGGCUCUGGCUGGAACACAUCACUACUACAGCUGUGACCGUGCCAAACAGGACAUGGGCUAUAAACCUGUAGUCAGUCUGAAGGAGGGGAUAGCACGCACGGUGCAGAGCUACCCUCACCUCAGACAAGGGGCUUGACGGCAACAUGGACAUGAAGACUGUUGAGACAUGGAAGGCUGAGAGUGUUAGUACAGUUACACUGAAUAGACAGUUCAAAACAGACAAUUUAUCUUUAUUCCUCACGCUGUGCCUUUUCAAUAUUAAUGCACCACUUUGACCAGCAGAGGGCAGCAGAUGAUACUGGUUUGAGUCCACAGACACUGCAGUGAGAUCUUGAUUUAAAGCACUGUUUAUGCAAACGUAAAUAUACUGAUCUUACUCUGUGAAAAUACUUACAGAUAUUAUUGCUUCAUUCUCAUGUGUUUCACUCUUGUGCUGUACACUUUGAGAGACUGCUAUUUUUGUCAAAAUACCUUAAUACAUUCCAUUAAACAAUGAUUCUUCUGAUACAA